AGAUGGCAGCCGUGCAAAGGAAUUCAGAGGGGCAGGAUUACCGUUUUGCCGAAAAAAAUUUACAAACUGGCGUCGUUGACGUCUAUGGCAAAAUGGAUAAAUCAAUGCAGAUGUUUAGACCAGCCUUGGCAGACAAACACAAGGUGGGCUUCUUUAGCCAGGACAGGACCUCUCAGACGGAUGUCACAGAAGUUAUAGACCUCAAACAGAUGACUAAAGUCCUCAAGAAUGUAUUAGCGGAUGUUGAUGUCCUGAAAAGAGAGAUUGUUCUGUCCAAGAACAUUAUUCAAGCGGACUAUGAAGCCAGACUGAGGACCAAGGCUAUAGAGCUAUACAGCCGUGUCAAUGAAAGAAUGUCCCAGGUGGAAAAAUUAUCAGAUGAGAGAAUUGAUUCAAUCAGAAGAGCUUACAGACAACAACUGUCAAAUGCAAUCCACAGACUCAAGGCUAUCUACACUGCGGAGAUGGAAAAGAAGAUUGAAGAAAUAAAGCGUGAGAAGCUAGGCGAUGCUGCUAGCCUGUUGGACAAAUACAAUGAGCUGCAUCUGACUAAUGAGCGUAAUAAGUCUGUGAUUGAGAUGUUACGCAUGCAACUGAAUGAGGCGGCCAUCAGGCCUGUACAUGUUCCAGAGGUGAAGAAGGAGGAGCCCGUGUACAACACGCAGUUUGACGAGGAGAAAGAAGAGGAGCUGGAUAAUUUACGUGAUGAGGUUCGGGAUCUGGAAAACAAGAUAGAGCGGCUAAUGGAGGAGUUGGAUGUCAAGGAUGAAGAGGCCUCUGAGCUCAAAAUGGAUAUUGACAAUUUAAAAGAUGCUUUGGAAAAAGAGAAGAUUUUCAACCAACAGCUGCGAUAUGAGAAUGAAGAGAUGAAGAAUGCACAUGACCAGGAGAAGAUGGCGAGUAAACGACAGGCAGAGGAUCAGGUCAUACUGUCUCCAUACACAUAUGUGUAUGACCUUAACUCGGCAAGGUCAUUUCUGAUGAAAAAGUUACUUGGAGUUGAAUUUGUGAAGUUCUGUGAAAGUGGCUGA